AAAGCAGCCCAAGUUCACUAGCUCGGCACUUCGCAGGCGGCAGGAGGGACCUCGGGGCUCCGCUCUGAACUUUGACUCCCGUCCCGUCCCGUCCUCUCCCCGGGGCUGCCCUCGGCUCCCCGCUGCCCCCCCGGCCCCCCUCCCGCUCGGCCCCGCAGGAUGCAGAUCUCACCCUUGCUGGCUGGUGGACUUUUACUCGCGCUGCUCUCCGUCAGGCUGGAGGCGAAGCCGGCGUCUCAGCUCCCACAGAAGGCCUCCCGCGGGUCGGCAGCGGCGGCGGCGGCGGCGGCGGCAGCGGCAGCGGGUCCGCCCGAGUCGGCGGAGCGGGAAAAGGAGCGGGAGAAGGAGCGGGAGAAGGAGCGGACCGGCGGCGGCGGCGGCUCGGGCCCGCGGGAGGCGCGGGAGGCGCGGGCCGAGGCGCGGGCGCGGGCGGGCUGGGCGCGCCUGCUGCAGGACCCGCCGGGCCGCCGCCACAAGGGCCUCCACAAGAAGGGCCUGGGCAAGGGCUGCUUCGGGCUCAAGCUGGAUCGCAUCGGCACCAUGAGCGGCCUCGGAUGCUGAGGGACCCCUGGCGGGCUUUGAAUCUGUAGUCCACUUUAUCCUACCAUGUGCGGCCAGGCACGGCCAUCCCCCAAGCAACACCUAGAAGAGCAGGGACCCUCUUGGAAUGGACAAAAGAUGUGGCUGUGUUUUUCUUUUUGGUACGAGGAGUCAUGGCACCAGCUGUUUUGGUUUUGUUAUUUUUUUAACAAGUGCUCUCUAUCUUAUAUAUAUUAUAUAUACAAACACUCACCGAGACAAGGGACAGUGCUUUUCCAAGAGACUGAUGAAGCCAGCUGUAUAACGUUGCUGUUUGUAAAUUCAUGUCAUGCAUAAAUGUAUUUAUGUUGUAAAGCUAUUUAUAUAUUGUUUAUAAAGAGAUAUUUAUAAAAAAAUUAUUUAUGUAACUAAAUGAAAAGUCAAGCAUUGUAACAUUUUUUGUCCUAAGUAGUUGAAAAACUUUAAAAAAAAAAUCAUUCCAUGUG